UUAAUGAUUUCCUCUAUUUUCUAACCCACCUUUAAAUGCUAAAGCUGCAUCUCUUCUCUUGCUUACCCUUUACUGCUCUCUCUCUCUCCUUCCGCUCUGGCUUUCCUCCAAUGCAGACAAAGCCUCCCUCCCUCCCUCCCUCCCCCCUCCUCUCUCUCUCCUGGUUUUCAUGGUUUCUCUCCCUUUCUCAUCAACCCAAAGGGGAAAGGACUCACCAACCAUUUAACCAAACCAUCCCUUUCUCUCCCUCCAAACUCUUGUAGAUUGAAAAAGACUUUCUUUUUUCUUCUUCCAACGGUCCUUCUUGGUGCUGAACUGGUGCUUUCUUGUCUAUUUUUGCUUUGAGUUUACUCUUCCAUUUUUUUGGGUUUUUUAUGGAUUAAUUUUCUUAGAGACCAUUUCUCUGCUUCGAAACCACUCUAAGUGCGUCUCCUUGGUUGGGGUCCUGUGUUUUGUUGGGGUUCGUUCUAUUUGAGGCCCCAUGCGUUAAGGGUCGGUUUGUGGGAAGAAGCCCUUUGCUUGGUGGAGGGGAGAUCAUCAGGAUCAAAUCACCAAAAGAGCCCAGAGGAGAAAAUGUCAACCAGUGAUUCUCUGAAUACUGAGUUGUUGAAGAAGACCCCAGUUUUUGGCCUGAGAGUGUGGGUCCUGAUAGGCGUCGGCGUAGGUUUGUUGAUAGUGCUGAUUCUCCUUAUCCUAUCCAUAUGGGUGACAUCUCGGAAGAAGGCAAGGAGGACCUUUGCUAAGUUCCCACUCUCACAGAUUCCUAAUGUCUCCAAAGAAAUAACAGUAGACAGAGUUGAUGGUCAUAGUCUUGCUCAGAGCUUCCAUGAACGUGAAGGACCUAUAUAUUCCUUGAACGACAAGUUCAAUGAUAAAGAUUCAGGAAAGACAUUAGCACACUUAACAAUGAGCAAAUCAAGUGAUGCUGAUAACAUGAGUCAGUGCAGCUCAGUUUACCAUAAUGACAGGGCCGGGAGUUCAUAUUCUGGAGAUGAAGGCAACUCCGGACCCACUAGGAAAAACUAUUCUUCAUAUGGACUUGUAUCAGCAUCUCCUUUAGUUGGUCUGCCUGAAUUCUCUCAUCUGGGAUGGGGUCACUGGUUUACUCUGAGGGAUCUUGAGUAUGCAACAAAUCGGUUUUCAAAAGAGAGUGUCCUUGGGGAGGGUGGAUAUGGAGUUGUUUACCGGGGCCUCCUGAUAAAUGGGACUGAGGUUGCCGUCAAGAAGCUUCUUAACAAUCUGGGGCAAGCAGAGAAGGAAUUUAGAGUGGAAGUGGAAGCUAUUGGCCAUGUUCGACAUAAGAAUCUGGUGCGGCUGUUGGGAUAUUGUGUAGAAGGAAUCCAUAGGAUGCUUGUUUAUGAGUAUGUGAACAAUGGGAACUUAGAGCAGUGGCUUCAUGGAGCUAUGCGUCAAUGUGGUGUUCUUAGUUGGGAGAAUCGCAUGAAGGUUAUCCUAGGCACCGCGAAGGCACUUGCAUAUCUGCAUGAAGCAAUAGAACCAAAAGUCGUGCACCGCGAUAUAAAAUCGAGUAAUAUUUUAAUCGAUGAUGAAUUCAAUGGCAAGGUUUCUGAUUUUGGAUUGGCCAAGCUCUUGGGUUCAGGCAAGAGCCACAUCACAACUAGAGUAAUGGGAACAUUUGGGUAUGCCUACAUUUUCAUGUCUGCUAUAUUUCAUGUUCUGUUAAUAGAAUCUGAGAGUAAAUUUAUUUGUGGAUGUUCCUGUACUUUGGUUUUUUCCUUUUCCAGGUAUGUGGCACCUGAGUAUGCAAAUACUGGAUUACUAAAUGAGAAGAGUGAUGUUUACAGUUUUGGAGUACUUCUGUUGGAAGCUGUGACAGGAAGGGAUCCUGUAGAUUAUGCUCGGCCUGCAAAUGAGGUCAAUCUUGUGGAGUGGCUUAAAAUGAUGGUAGGAAAUAGGAGGGCUGAGGAAGUAGUGGAUCCCACCCUGGAGGUGAAGCCAUCCACAAGGGCUCUUAAACGAACUCUUCUAGUAGCACUGAGAUGUGUCGAUCCUGAUGCCGAUAAAAGACCAAAGAUGGGCCAGGUUGUUCGAAUGCUCGAAACAGAGGAAGUCCCGCACCGUGAGGAUCGGAGACACCGGAGGAGCCACAUGGGUAGCAUGGAGAUCGAGUCCCUAAAGGAGAACGCAAAUUCUUCUGAUAUGGAAAACAAUGUAGGACCAUCAGAGAGUGGGACAUGGGGGAGGUCUCAAGCAUAAGGUGGACUGAUGUAUGGUGGAGAUCAGUCUCCAGCAUUCUCUCUUUGCUGACAAGAUUGAAAAGCUUUCAUUGACUGCUAUCCAGAGGCUGCUGGCUGCAAGAAGAAGGUGACAUUUCGAGAUAAAAUGCGGACUUAUCUUUUGUGGGUUCUUGGGUCAUGCUCCUGUUUCUGUCACCAGCAUCAGGAGAGACAAGAGGAGCAAACUCAUCCUUGUGAGUUUCUCAAGUAUGCAGUUAUUCCAGCUUUUGUUGUACAGAUUCCUGUCUUCAGUUAAGAACGUUCGGUUAGUUUAUACAAUUUAUCUGUUAUUUUUAUUCCCUCUUCCCUCUGCCCUGUCCUUGGUGUCUGCCUGAAGAAUGAUCAUUUAUUAUUCCCU